AUGGCAGAAAAUGGCACCGUGGUGACAGAAUUCAUUCUGACGGGGUUUCAGCUGCGGGCACAGGUGCACACGGGUCUCUUCCUUGUGUUUCUGGUCCUUUACCUCAUCACUGUGGCAGGCAACUUGGGCAUGAUCCUGCUAAUUCAGAGUGACCUUCGCCUCCAGACUCCCAUGUACUUCUUCCUUAGCCACCUUUCCUUCCUGGACAUUUGCUACUCCUCUGUUAUUGUCCCUCAGUUGCUAGAGACCUUAGGGACCGAUAAGACAGUCAUCACAUAUGAGCACUGUGCCACUCAAUUCUUCUUUUUCACACUCUGUGCUAGUACUGAAUGUUUCCUUUUGGCUGUGAUGGCCUAUGACCGUUAUGUGGCUGUGUGUAACCCUCUCCUCUAUGCUACUGCCAUGACACCACAGUGCUGCCUGGGGUUGGUGGCUGGUGCAUAUGCUGGGGCAAUGGUCAAUUCUGUGAUCCGUACCGGGUGUACCUUCUCGCUCUCCUUCUGCAAGUCCAACCAUGUUGACUUCUUCUUUUGUGACCUGCCACCUCUGCUGAAACUUGCCUGUAGUGAGACCAGGUCACGGGAGGUAGUGAUCUACUUCUUAGCUUUCUUGGUCAUCACAACCAGCUUUUCUGUGAUUCUUGUUUCCUACUUGUUCAUCAUUCGGGCUAUUCUGAGGAUUCGUACAGCAGGUGGCAAAGCCAAGACCUUCUCCACCUGUGCUUCUCACAUGACAGCAGUGGCUCUUUUGUUUGGGACUCUCAUAUUCAUGUACCUGAAAGGCAGCAUGGGCAAAUCCCUCAGGGUGGACAAGAUUGUGUCGGUGUUUUACACUGUCAUCAUCCCCAUGCUGAACCCGAUGAUCUACAGCCUGAGAAACAAGGAAGUGAAGGAGGCUCUGAAGAAAGUUCUCAACAGGAUGAAGGUUUCCCAAGUAGAAUAA